AUGAAGCUAUUAUGUCUUCAAAAAAUAUUACUCAAGUAGCCGUAGUGAUGGAGAGCUGUACGGCAGGCGCUGCUUACUUGCCUACUAUGGCUGAUGAGAAUGUAAUUGUGAGAAAUAUCGGAACAAUUUUUCUUGCUGGUCUUCCGUUAAUAAAGGCUGCGGCAGGAGAAGUCAUGUCUGCCGAGGAUUUACGUGGUGCGAAACUUUAUUGCUCGUAA